CCGAAAGUCUCCCUACCACCAGCGUAAGGGUAAAGCAUCUUGGGACGUAGCAUCACGCGCAGGAGCAUACACCGUACACAGAAUACCUUUUGCUGUCUCACUACCCUACGAAUACUCACUUCCUGCCCGUCACCAGCUUGCCCGCACGAUACGCGCCCGCCGUCCGUCCUCAGAAUGGCUCAACUGGCCCCCGUCCAGCGCCAGCUGGGCGUCUUCGACAAGUUCAUCGCGCAAAACACCGAGACCUUGGUGCUCAAAGAAAAGGUGCUCUCCUUGUCCGGCGAUAGCUUCGACAUCAGCCUAGCCAACGGGCAGCCCAUCUUCAAGAUCCAGGGACGCCACAUGUCCAUCUCCGGACGCAAGACGGUGACGGACAUGCAAGGCAACCAUCUUUUCGACAUUGUCAAGGAGCACAUGCACAUACACUCCACGUACGCAGCCGAGGAUCCGCAGGGCAACAAGAUUUUGCAGGUCAAGAGCUCGUUUAAGCUCAUUGGCAGCAAGGCCACCGCCGAAUUCCAGUCGCGAGACGGACAGUGGCAGACGCUCACGAUGAGUGGCAACUGGCGGGACACCAGGGCCGACAUUGUGUGCAAGAACACGGGCGCCGUGGUCGCGCGCAUCGAUCGACAGCUCCUCAACGCGCGGCAGCUCUUUGGCGGCCAACAGACGUAUGCGCUCAUCGUCGCGCCAGGCGUCGACAUGGCGCUGAUGGUUGCGCUAUGCGUGGCCUUGGACGAGAAGAAUAAUGAAGGAUAACUAAUGCCUGGCUUGAGUCAAGCCCAUUGAUGAAUCGGUUCACGGCGUCCACGGUGAAAGUAAUGUUCGGGCCGAUGUAUGAUCAAAUAUGAGUCUGUCUUUAAUUCUAACGUGCAUCCAUG